GGCUGCUCCGUCCCCCCGGCGACAGGGAGCCUCGCCCCCCGCUAAGGACAGGCCCGGCCGGCCGUGCCCGAGCGGUGUUUCAGCAGCCCCGUGCCGAAGGUUGCACCCACCGCCGUCCUGUGCUUUUGGUGUAGGCUCGGUUCUCCCUCUGCGUACAAACCUUUGCUGAGGUGGAUCAGAAAAUAACGCAGGCAAUUUUAAAAAGACCCUCAGGGCGCGCUUAAUGAUAACAUACCGUGGUAAGGGGUAUAACCUCCUGGGCCCGUGAAUGGGAGAACCUGACUCUCAAAAGUGUGCAGCAUGCCAAAAAGUUGAAAAACAGCUGUGAAACACGAACCCUGAGGCGGCGGUGUUCAAGGCUGUUAAGUGCACGUGGAGAACAUUUUCUAUAGAGAUUGGGCAGCAAGGGAUUCCUGGCCCUAGUUCUUAUUUCCAUCUUGUGCUUUACAUCCUCAGCUGCCAGGCCCUGACAGGCGAAAGCCUUUCUUUGUGACAUAGUAUAACACAGAAAAACAGUAAAGGAAGAGAACGUAGGUAGGAAAAAUGCGCAGCCUUACAUAAAAAUAACAUCAUAUUCCUCAGCCGCUGUUAGAUGGCUAACUUGUCUGUGAUAGAAGGGGAAAGAGAAGAAUGGGAAAGACUUGAAAGAAAUAUGGCAAGUGGAAGAGCUCAGCCCAGGCACUUCUGAAUUUUACCAAGUUUCAUGGAAAAAUGCAUGACAGUAGGGGUAAAAGCAGUCAUAAAAAAUGAGGGCCUUGAAACAGCGGGCCUGGCACAAGAGAGAAAUCCAUUGCUCGUGUUGGUGGGGGUCAUCACUGUAGGAAAGCAAUGUUUGUGGUAGAACUGAUCUUCUCAAAGUAGCUAAUAGCUCUUCACCAUAAUAGGACUUUUAGUAGUAGAACAUUGAAAUGCCCUGUUAUCUCCUCUCAUGAUUGUCUGCCUGUCUUGCUGCUGCUGUGUGAGUAGUUGGAGUGUGCGUUGAAUCUUGAUUAAAGGAAAAAGAAGUUGAAAACCUUGAGAUGGCAGGAAAUAAACUCAUACAGUCAAGAAGAGAUAUUUGUAAAUGGGAAAUGGCUUGCUGAAAGCUCUGUGGAGCAUUAUUAUGUGUUAUAUUGCAUCCUUAAAAUGUGUUAUUUGCAUCUAACUGUUCUUUCAUAGUCUCUUGGGUUUCUUCCUGGCCUUCUAGUAAGCUAUAGGAAUGCACCUAUGAAUGGUGCCUUUGUGCUCUUGUAGCUCUGCCCUUCUGCACGUGUGACCGAAAAUAACGGAUAUCAUUCCACAAUUGGAUAUAUUUUCAGAUACUGUAUGUUGCCUUCACGUAAGUGGAAUGCAGUAGGCACCAGAAUUGUUGCUUACAUCCUCCUAUUUAUUAUGAGAAAUUCCUGUUGUUGAAGUUCUCGGGCAGCCAUGAAGUGCUGGCACUAUCAGACCGUGUGGAUAUUUCAGAGAUCCUGUUUUUUAUAGCUGUGUUGUCCUUCUAGUGUGUUUCCAUGUCAGUGUUAAUUACUACAUACCAUUUAAAAAAAACACGUGGAAAAUAAAAGCAAGUGGCCUUCCUCUUUCCUCCUGAUGGAUCCGUGAAGUACAGGUGAGAGAUUUCAUGCAGCUUCUUCCAGUGAGUAAGAGAGAGGCCAUUAGGUCACCGUCCUUCUUUGGUGAUGUGAUCUUAUACUCUGAAUAGCAGCUUCUGCAGCGUCUCAAGAUAAAACAGGAAUAUGUGCAGUACUUAAAGUUCAUCAUUUCCUUUUGUACUGCAUUAUUUGUUUGAAAUUAAGAAGGUUAAGUGUUCUAUAACAAUUGCCAUUUACAAGACAGGAGAAAAAUAGUUUGAAUAGUGGUGCCUAGAAUGAGAUAGUUAAGCAAAGCGAUGAAUCAUGAUAACAGAUUUUUAGCACACCCGCCUGUCUGUUCCAGAUGGGAAUGCAGGAGCCGUAUGCUUUGAGUGCUUUAUUCACAAAGAUCAUCUAUCUACCUGUAACAAAGCUUUCAAACACUUUGGAGGAAGAGGACUGCAAUAUUGCCAGUGUAGCACUAUCACUCGAGAGCUCAGGAGAAGAGAAGAUACUGCUUGUCAUCCGCCUUUCUAUUACUAAGAACAGUAGAAACUUUUCCCUAUUUGGUACGUGGUUAAUGCUAGCUGGUGGCAUUUCUCUUUUCAUCCGCAAAUCUGAACUUGUGCUAGCAUAAUGGAUGAAAAUCUGAGUGUAACAGAGGUAAGAUACGGGCCCGAUCUCCAAAUCCAUGGGAUUUUCUUAGGACCUCUGUACUAAGGUUAUUUUCAAUUUUUUCUCAAAAGGCUAUAAACUUCAAAACCUGAUUCUGAGUGUUUAAAUGUUGUUCAGUUGCUGCUCUUCCUUUUUUCAGUGGCAGCAUGGAGCCUGCAUUUCACAGAGGAGAUCUCCUGUUCCUAACCAACCGAAUUGAAGAUCCAAUCAGAGUGGGAGAAAUCGUGGUCUUUAGGAUAGAAGGAAGGGAAAUUCCUAUAGUUCAUCGAGUCCUGAAGAUUCAUGAGAAGCAAAAUGGUGACAUCAAAUUUUUGACAAAGGGAGAUAAUAACGCUGUUGAUGACAGAGGGCUGUACAAACAAGGGCAGCACUGGCUGGAGAAAAAGGAUGUAGUAGGAAGAGCAAGAGGAUUUGUGCCCUAUAUUGGAAUAGUGACUAUCUUAAUGAAUGACUAUCCAAAAUUUAAGUAUGCGGUCCUCUUUUUACUGGGUUUAUUUGUGCUGGUCCAUCGAGAGUAGCCCAUUGCACUGAAGUUGGUAGUGAAGAUACCAUGUUUUUUGUAGAUGAACGUUUGAAGUAGAUGAUGGUCUGAUGUGUGGGGAGGAAGAGGAAAACAUACAUUUCAAAGCUUCUAACCAGUUUGGGUUUGUUUUGUUUUUUACUGCGUAAGGACGAAUGUUAUCACAGUAUUUCCAAUGGUUUGUCACAUUUUAGCAUUUUUGUACAUCAGUGAGUUUUUAUAUUAAAAGUUUAAGCCAAACUGUUCAGUGUUUGUACUUUGAAGCUGAGCUUCCUCUCAGAGUACCUACAGGACUGUGUCCUCUGAGUCUGUGCCUCCACUGGGCAAGCGUGACCUCUCCCUGUGCCAUCUGAACUGUCAAAGGAUUAUCUGUGGAGGUGGUAUUUUUUCCAGUUCAGAACUGGAAUAAAGAUUUUGCCUUUCGCC